CCGGAGCCGGCCUCUGGAGCGCCCCUCCGCCCAGCAGCCUCCCGCCCCCCCGCUCUUCGGUGGUAGCUCAGUGGCCGGAGCAGCGCUGCAGGCUGAGCUUCUAUUGGUGCGCUACAGCCGGCAGCCGUCCGAUCCCGCCCCAACGCUCUUUAGCCGCUCGGCAGCCGCCCGGUCUGAUGCAUUUGCGAGGUAAAGAGAGGCUUGUGCUGUUUCGUUAGGCCGUGCAGAGACCAGCUCACUGGAGGCCGCUCAUUCUUUGGCCGCGGAGCUACAGGCGUCGACUGAAACCGGGGAGCUGACAGUCCUCCCCGCCGGGCCGUUACUCAGCACAACCGGCACCCCUCCCCCAGCCGAACCGGAGUUCCAACGGUGGCGGUUUGGAAAGUGCGGGGCCGCCUCUGCUGAGCGGAGCGCCAAAAGCAGACUAGAAGAUGAAUAAUCUUUCCUUUAGUGAACUGUGUUGCCUGUUCUGUUGUCCACCAUGCCCAGGGAAAAUUGCCUCCAAAUUGGCAUUCUUACCUCCUGAUCCCACAUACACACUGAUGUGUGAUGAGAGUGGUAGUCACUGGACUUUACAUCUCUCCGAGCGAGCAGACUGGCAAUAUUCUUCUAGAGAAAAAGAGGCCAUUGAGUGCUUCAUGACUAGAACAAGUAAAGGUAAUAGGAUUGCCUGUAUGUUUGUGCGUUGUUCACCUAAUGCCAAGUAUACUUUGCUCUUCUCGCACGGAAAUGCUGUUGACCUAGGACAGAUGAGCAGCUUUUACAUAGGACUGGGUUCACGGAUUAAUUGCAACAUAUUCUCAUAUGAUUAUUCUGGAUAUGGUGCAAGUUCUGGGAAACCAACAGAGAAGAAUCUGUAUGCUGACAUUGAUGCUGCUUGGGUGGCUCUUAGGACAAGGUAUGGAAUCCGCCCGGAAAAUGUCAUUAUAUAUGGCCAGAGUAUAGGAACAGUACCAUCUGUGGAUCUUGCUGCUAGGUAUGAAAGUGCUGCUGUAAUUCUUCACUCUCCACUGACCUCAGGAAUGCGAGUAGCUUUUCCUGAUACAAAGAAGACCUAUUGCUUUGAUGCAUUCCCAAACAUUGACAAAAUUUCUAAAAUAACAUCUCCUGUAUUAAUAAUCCAUGGGACUGAAGAUGAAGUAAUUGACUUUUCACAUGGCCUAGCAUUAUAUGAGCGUUGCCAGAGGCCUGUGGAACCACUGUGGGUAGAAGGAGCAGGCCAUAAUGAUGUGGAACUCUAUGGACAGUAUCUUGAACGAUUAAAACAGUUUGUGUCACAGGAAUUGGUGAACUUGUAAUUUUCUUUGUAUAUUUAUGAUUUUUCGUUUCACUGCUGAACUGCAGACCUUGGUAAGUCAUAACAUAAAACCUGAAGGUUGUGUUUUCAAAUGAUCCUGGUUGCCUUCAUUAAAUGUACAGAUAAUUAUUUGUCAACAUAAUUAAUGAAGGGUUUUGUGCCAGUAUUAUAAACUGGAAUUACAUGAUCAUGCAGUCAAGCUUGGCAGUUCAUAUUACUUUGUGUGAGUUUUUCUUCUUAAAUGUAAAAAAAAUAAAAUCACAAGAAGUACUGUAUGAAAUUCCAAUUAUAUAAAAUCAAAUGCUGUAAAAGUGUUGCCAAAUGCUUUAGCAUAUCAAGCCAAGUUUAUAAAUAUUUUUUAAACAUCUCAAAACGUACUGUGACUUACUCUGUUGCACAGGUUUAAAUUUAAAAAACCAGACUUCUAAACAGAUGUUCUGUAAAAAUAUAAUAGCCAUGAAAUUUGAGCAAAUACUAAUGCAUGUAAUAAGAAUAGAGAGUCACUGGAAAUGACCCAUACCCUGUUAUAGGGGAAGGGAGUCAAAAUAUAUCUUUUCUGUUUUUCAUAUCUUUUGUGCUUAGUUUUUCUUUAGUCAUUUUGUUCUUGUAUUAUCGUUUUUACUUUUCAGGUUAAACCAAUUUACCAACUCAUCUUCUCAGCAGUCCUAAUCUUGCCAAAAUAAUGGUGCAAAUUAGUAUUAUUGUAGCAUAAACAUUAUCCAUGUGAUUGCUACUGAGGACACUAUGUUACUUCCUCAAAACCAAUAAGAUUUUCAGAACCUAGAAGGCUUUGUGGACAAUGUAGUUUUAAACAUUGCUAUCAAAGAGAUAUGGUUUCAUUAGAAGGAAUAAAAAAGUGUAUCCAGUUUUGUAAUAAAUUGCAAAUUCACAGUAAGCCAGAUCAGAUGUUUAGUUUAAAAGCUUAUUGGUUUUUGAGUAUUGUAUGGGGAUAUUACUAAUUGCACCUGACUUGAUAGGGGAGUGGCAAGAAGAGAAUGUUGCCAUUUUUGUAUUAAUAGCAAAAUAAACUUUGUAAGUUGCCUUUCCCUUGAAUGCAUUUUGUGUGAAUGAAAUUAUGACAAAUAAACUUUAAUUAUUUGUAGCCUAUUUGUAAACAAAGUAAUAUUCCAACAAUACACACUGUGCUUCUAUUUUUAAGGCCUUAUGUAGUUUACUUGUUCAGCUUGUUUUUUGUGAUUGAGACUAUUGUAUACUUAAAUGUAGCUUCAAGUAUUGUGAAAAGUUUGGUUAAGAUAUGUUGAUUAACAGUAAACAAUAUUCCACACA